AUGACCGGCGGCGGAUCGAUGGGGAGAUUGCCAACAUGGAAGGAGAGAGAAAACAACAAGAGGAGAGAGAGGAGACAAAGAGCGAUCGCCGCUAAGAUCUACACUGGCCUUCGAGCUCAGGGGAACUACAAGCUUCUGAAGCACUGUGACAACAACGAGGUUGUGAAAGCUCUAUGCGCCGAAGUUGGUUGGAUCGUGGAAGAGGAUGGCACCACUUAUCAAAAGGGAUGCAAGAGACCCAGCGCGAGUGAGAUUGAAGGAACAACAACAAACAUAAGCUAUGUCUCAACCACGAUGAUAAUUACCCCUGGGCCUGUUGUGGACUUCUUAAUAUCCAAUCAAAAUGUGAGAGACCCUUUUUCACUUGACUGGGCAAAGGCACUUAAAAGUAGCAAUUAUGGUUCUGAACCAAUGCUACAUAAUUGUGAGAUCUCUAUAAGCCCCAACUUUACUGAAGUUGAGGGUCGGGUUUUACAAGCUCCGCGGUGGUGA